GGAAAAGGUGGGGGCGGGCCGUCCUCUAACGUCAACACUCCAGACUGUCCCCUUCGUCGCUGCGCCGACCCGCACUCGAAUCAAACAGAGGUGGAAAGUCAGCAUCUGAGUUGUGGUGCUUAGCUAGGGGAACCGGGAGAGACGACAAUGGCCGAACUGUUGAAGAAAGGAGCCCCCGAGCCGGUGGAGACCAAGGACGUGAGGGAGGCUCUGAAGGCCAAGGAGGUGAAGGAGAACGCCAACGCCGAGCGAGCGCAGAGCAGCGAGAGUAACCCGCUCAACAAGCCGGCAGCGCCGAAAGAGCCUUCUCUGGUCGUCUUUAACAACGACGGCGGUGCUGUCGCAUCGCAUAAACCCGUAAAGAAGCAAAUCCAGUUUGCAGAUGAAAAGCAGGAGUUCAGCAGAUUCCCUACCAAAACUGGUCGGAGGUCUCUGUCACGUUCAAUUUCUCAAUCUUCCACGGACAGCUACAGCUCAGCUGCAUCCUAUACGGACAGUUCUGACGAUGAGACCUCCCCAAGAGACAAGCAGCAAACCAAUUCGAAGAACAGUAGUGACUUUUGUGUGAAGAACAUCAAGCAGGCAGAGUUUGGACGCAGGGAGAUUGAAAUUGCUGAGCAAGAAAUGUCAGCUCUUGUGGCACUACGAAAACGAGCACAGGGUGAAAAACCACUGGCUGGAGCCAAAAUUGUGGGCUGCACUCACAUUACUGCUCAAACUGCGGUCCUUAUAGAGACCCUGGGAGCCCUUGGAGCACAGUGUCGUUGGGCAGCCUGUAAUAUUUACUCCACACAGAAUGAGGUUGCAGCUGCACUUGCUGAAGCUGGAUUUGCAGUGUUUGCUUGGAAAGGAGAGUCUGAAGAUGAUUUCUGGUGGUGCAUUGAUCGUUGUGUGAACAUGAACGGCUGGCAAGCUAAUAUGAUACUGGAUGAUGGUGGAGAUUUGACUCACUGGGUCUAUAAGAAAUAUCCCAAUGUUUUUAAGAAAAUCAGAGGCAUUGUAGAGGAGAGUGUGACUGGUGUACACAGGCUGUAUCAGUUGUCUAAAGCAGGCAAGCUAUGUGUUCCAGCCAUGAAUGUGAAUGAUUCUGUUACCAAACAGAAAUUUGAUAACCUCUACUGCUGCAGGGAGUCCAUCUUGGAUGGCUUAAAGAGAACAACAGAUGUGAUGUUUGGUGGGAAGCAAGUGGUCGUGUGUGGAUAUGGAGAGGUUGGGAAAGGUUGCUGCGCUGCUCUGAAAGCACUGGGUGCUAUUGUUUAUGUGACAGAAAUUGAUCCAAUUUGUGCUUUACAGGCCUGUAUGGAUGGAUUUCGUGUGAUGAAAUUGAAUGAAGUUGUACGACAGGGAGACUUGAUCAUUACCUGCACAGGUAAUAAAAAUGUUGUUACUAGGGAACAACUUGACCGAAAAAAUGGUUGCAUAGUCUGCAAUAUGGGGCAUUCCAAUACUGAAAUUGAUGUGAAGCAGUGUUCAGUGAAAACCCAUGUACACUCUUCAAAGUCCAGUUUAACAACUCUCUUUUUUUUGGGUCGCUUGCUUCAGGGUCGCCUUCUGAACUUGAGCUGUUCAACUGUUCCCACUUUUGUGCUUUCAAUCACAGCAACCACUCAGGCACUGGCUCUGAUAGAGCUCUACAACGCUCCUGAGGGACGUUACAAACAAGAUGUAUAUCUUCUGCCUAAAAAAAUGGAUGAGUAUGUUGCUAGUUUGCAUCUGCCAACCUUUGAUGCACACUUGACGGAAUUGACUGACGACCAGGCAAAAUAUCUUGGCCUGAACAAAAAUGGACCUUUCAAGCCGAAUUACUACAGGUAUUAGAUGGCGCAGAACCAAAACGAUCUGAAGAAGGACCAAGUUGUCUGAAACCUCAAUAGAAGAAUGUAUAGUAGGAGCCUGCCUAGCUGUUUAAAUGCUCAGCAAACUUAUUCAAAGAGCAUUUCUGCAAUCCUAGGCUGCUUAUUCUUUUAAGCCUGGUUUUUUUUUUUGCUUGCAUUUUCUUUUCUAUACUCCUUUUAAUUAUAAAUGAGUGUUUUGAUUUUCUAACUUACUGCCGGGGGAUGUAACUGUCAUGUCAUGUUGUGACAGCACAGUCUCCAUAAAAUCACUUGAGCCUGUAUAUGAUUGAUGUGGAAACAAGUAGUACUGUAAUAAUUUAAGAAAAAAUCUUUUUGUUCUGCUUUGUCUUUCCUAUUUUGUUUUAGUUUAGAAUCUGUGCUUUAAGCUCAGUUCAAAAUGUUCCAAAGGAUUCUCUGGUUUUAACUUUUAUUUUAAAACACUCUUUUCAUGGAGGCAAUCGAAACCAAUUUGGUAUUUGCCCUUAUUGUUGUACGAUACUCAUAUCUUUUCAGGAACCAGCGCUAACUGUAAUAAAUGAUGAGUAUCAACUUUUAAACAAACCUGUAAACAAACCUGAUUCAGUACUAAAUCAUUGUAAAUAUCACUGUGUAGCCAAAAAAAUGUGAAUGGUUUUGUUCAUGCAGAAUUUGAGUUCACCCCUCUGAUUGCAAUGCUAGCCUUACUUAUGCAUUUUAAUAUAUGGACACCACUAGAUGUUACAUUUCAGGACACAAACUAUUAUCAAUCAGGCAAAGAAAUUAAAGCUUACAUCUGCUGAUUUAACAGGGAACAUAAUUUAAGGUGUCAGUAUUCUAAUUCUAGAUGGGUAUAUUUUGACAGAAUCAUAAGAUUGUGCCAAAUUGAGUUUGUGGUGACAAGCAUGAAUCUCUGCUUGAGUCUUGAUAGCUUCAUAUUGCACAAACACUUGCUGUAACACACACAAAAAAGCAUUUCUGCAAUUAUGUACUUCUUGUGAUAAGACUUUUUCUUUUGCAAAUGCUUUUCUUGGACCUGAACAAGCACUGGAUUCUGCUGGUGACCUCUCUUCAUACUUGUGGGUUUUAUGCCAAUGAGCCUGUCUAAGGCUAUAUACCUAAUGGUGGGACCAGAAAAUACUUUCACUCCAGUUACAUGAAAAAGAUAUAUUUAAAAAAAAUAAAGAAUUUAAAAAUAUUGUAGAAACAUGACCAAUUUUUCGAUCAAAAAUUGCUUCUGUGUUGUCUUAUGGGGAUUCACAUGGGUGAGAAUGAUUCUGAUUUUGAGAAUGUUGAAUCUCCUGAUAUUGAACCUUAAAUGGAAAGCAUUUGAACUCCGGUGAAAUGUGCUUCUUGCUUUGUGUUCUUUUGUGUGUUAAUGUUAGAUUAUUAUAUAGGAAAGGAGAAGGGAAUAAAUUUCCCUGACAAUAUUGUUAUGACUACCAUUGUCUCAGUUUGGAGUGAUGUAUCUAGUUUGUGAUGCAUAUUUCAAAGCAUGAUCUCACUAGUGUGAUCAAACGACAUAUGGAGAGCUCAUUCAGAUCAUCACUUUCUGGGAAGGGUUAUUAAAUUAGGCCCUCUGCACUCCACUGUUUCUCCAUUGCCUACAAAUUUUGCCAUGUUCCCGAUUUUAAAAACAACUGAGUUUUUUUAAAAAGCCUUUUGUUUCUCCCCACCAAUCCAGUAUAUUAAUUUGGUUCCUUUGCUGAAUGUACAUGCCUUUUCUGAUGGGUCUAACGCAGCCUUUCCUAAAAAUGUUCUGACCAUGCUUUAUUGUUGUGGACUUCUUCUCAUGUUGUGUACCACACAAACUUUCUUUUGGCAUCACCACAAUAAUUCUUGGGAUUUUGGAUACUACUCUUUAAUUGCGAGGACGCACAUUGCAAGAUGAGGAAAGUGGAGUUCUGAGGAAGGGUCACUCGACCCCUGGAUUGUUAACUCCACUGAUCUCUCUCUGCACAGAUGCUGCCAGACCUCUGAGCUUUUCCAGCAAUUUCUGUUUUUGUCAAUAUAUAAUAAGGAUUGAAUUGGUCCCUUUUUAAACAAUGUGAUACUGGUCCUGCAUCUGUCCUUGUUGAGAAAGAGAUUGUUUGAUCUUGAUUGAUGAGUCCAUACAUUUUGAAAGCUUUGUCUCAUGCAGAUAGGAAUCUACAAGCAUCAGUCUUACCAAUAGUGCAUCAUCUUAGCGCCAAUGAUGAGAGGUCAGUUGUUGAGAAAUCUGAUGUACAGAGCCCUGGGAAUUAUAGUAAGAUGUAAGGGCAUGGUGGUGAACGUUAGUAGACUAGUCUUGCUUUUAAAUUAGGAAUUCUUGACCAUAGUAAAAUGAGCUGUGAGAUGACAUUGUACCUCCAACUCUGAUUAAUCAUAAAUGUAGCUGUUUUCCCCCCUCCAUCAUACAUGCUGUGUUACUGGACAAUUUAAAAACUCAUUGCAGUCCUACCUCAAUGGCAACUUCAGGUAAAAAAUUCUUAAUGCUAUCUUGUUUGUUGGUAAUUAAACUUUGUCCAGUGUGUAUUGAGCUUCAACAUUUGAUAGAAGCUAAUGGAUUAAAGAUACAACACUGAAAGCUUUCAGUGUGAAUUUAAAAAUAACAAUUUGUUAGUGGAGUUGAUAAGUGCGCUUGUUUUGACUGUGAUGCUCUCUUCUUCUCUCCAAAAUUGUUGAGAUACUUUCUCCAGAAGCUAGGAGGAGGAGACAGAACUGUUUGGUGGAUUAGACAUUUUGUCUUUAUCAGAAGUUGCCAACACUGCCCAUCUGGAAGUGGAAGAGAGCUUUUUAAAUGGAGGCAUGCCAGAGCAAUUACGACCAUUUUUAACAGGCAUGAAUUUUACUCUUUAACUGUUUAGCUGCAUUUACACUGGCAGCAUUGCUCUUGCGAAAAUAAGCUGCUGUGUUAUGCAGUACUGUAGAAUUUGUGUUGUCUUAAAUGUGAAAAUUAACAAUUAUUUUCACAAACUUAGACCUCAACUUAGAAUUUGUUUGUGAGGUGAAGAAUUGUCAUCUUGUUUUAAACACUGCAAAUGUUAAUCCACAAUUAAAACAGAAAAUGCAGGAAACAUCUGCAUUAAGCCCUUUCUGGAUGACUUAUUGUCAGAACGGGAAAUUUUUAGAUGAAAAGUACUUUUCAAGUUGAUUUAUGCAGGGAAGAUAUAUAGGUGAGAACACUGAUGGAAUAGAGCACAGGAGUGAAUAAAUGACAAAAGGAAAUAAGGAAAACUAAAAUUUAGUGACAAACAGACUAAAGACAGACCAAAAGAGGAUAUAAAUAGCUACUGUAGAGGAGCAGGAGGCAGUAUUGAAAAUUUGGCAAAGAGAGGAGGUUUCUGACCUAGGACUGUGGCAUCAGGAAGGUAGGAAAGCCCCAGGGCUGCGGACCAUCCCUAAGUGACUGGUUUGUAAAUGUUGAGAACCGGGUAUUUUCAUUGAAUGUCCUCUCUGCACACUAAGAUGCAUUGGUCCUGCCCAAAUAUCAGCCUUUGCUAAUGAAAGAAUAAGUACUGUGGCUUCAAUAUGACUGUAAAAGAUGAAGUUGCAUUGGAGGCAGUUCAGAGGCGAUUUAUUAAUUACAGAGGUGAAGGUUUUGUCUUUUGAGAUGGAUUAAGUGGUUCAGGCUUGUUCUGUCUGGAUUUUAGAAAAAUGUGAGGAGAUCUAAUUGAGGUAUAUGAGAUGCUGAAGGGUAUUGAUGAUGUAGACAUGGAGAACAUGUUUCCUUGCGGGGCAACCUGGAAAGACCAUAUUCCUAUGGUCAAGAAUUUCCUUUGAGCAGACUGUGCAACUUCCUCCAGUAAAUUGGUGCUGUUUCCCUCUCUUGCCCAGAAUUUGAAAGGUUUAUCUGUUUCGCUUCCAAUGCCUACCCUGCUGUCACUUCACCUAGUCUAUUUCUGACUCUUCCCAUCCCUCCCUUAACAUCGGUCCCAUUUCUGGGGAUAGGCUGGCCACAAAUAUCCACGACCAACUCCCUAUCUCCCACAGUUACCUUGACUACACGCCCUCAUACCCUGCUUCCUGUAAAAACUCUAUUCUCCUAGCUCUUCCAUCUUUGUCUCUGCACAUAUGCUCUGAGGAUGCCUACUUUGACAAGGGAUUCUGAAAUGAAUCCUUAAAAGAGGAUUCUUGAACAUUAUAGUUGACAGGGCUGUCGGCCAGGUCCGACCUAUUUCAUACGCCUUGACCCUCGUGCCCCCCCUCCUCCAAAACAACAUUAGGGCCCCGCUUGUCUUCACCUACUGUCCCACUUGCAUCCUCAUUCAUAGGAUCAUUUUAACUGUCAUUAAUGCCACCACCAUCACAAUAUCCCCUCCUUUUCCUUGUCAGCUUUCUGCAUGGAUUGUUUCCUCUGGGACUCCCUGGUCCACUUCUUCACUUCCAAUGCCCCUCCAUGACCCUACAAUCGCAGAAGAUCUCCCUUCACGCUAUUCGAGAUCCCAGACACACCUUCCAGGUGAAGCAUUGCUUUACCUCACCACUCAAUCUAGUCUGCUGUAUUUGCUGCUCACAGUGUGGUCUCCUGUACAUUGGGGAAAUGAAGUGCAGCCUUGCUAACUACUUUGCAGGAUACCUAUGUGUGUCUACAAAAAAGACCUUGAGCUUCUAGUUGCCUGACACUUCAAAAUAUUAGUGUUCCCUGGUCAACAUCUUUGUCUUGGGAGACAGGCUUGCUGCAGUGCUCCAGCAAAGCUCCGAGCAAGCUGGUAAAACAGCAUGUCAUUUGCCACUUGGGAACUCUGCAGCCUUCUGGGUUUAACAUCGAAUUCAACAAUUUUAGGCCUUGAGGCACCACCUUCCAUGUUCUCACCCCCAAACCCCUCACACCAGGUCUUGUCAUCACGUGGGCUGCAACCACACAAUACCCAUUGUCAGCUAUUAGUCCCCAUUAGCAGCUAUUCAUUCUCCUACAUGGACCUUUACCCACUCUGUCCAACUGUUUAUCUCUCUGUUUGGCCCCUAUCUCCACUUAUCAUUUACUCUCCCCCUUCUCCCUCACCACCUCUUCUGCAUAAAUAUCCACCAUUUCUUAGCUGUCAUCACUUCUGAAGAAGGGUCACGGGACCUGAAAUGUUAACUCUGAUUUUUCUCUUUGGAUGCUUCCAGACCUGCCAUUCACCUUCCAAACAGCAGUUUGAUUUUUGUUGUUUCUGGAACGGCUAAGGUGUAGCCAGUUUAAAACAGAUGAGGAUAAAUUAAUUUGCUCAUGAUUGUGAAUUUAUGGAAUUCACUGCAGACUGUGAUGGACGCCAGGACCUUGAGUAAAUUUAAAAAGGAGAGAGACUUAUUUAAUGAGUACUGGAUUGAAGGGUUAAUGGGAGCCAGUGGGAAAGUGUAGGUGAGGCAGAGAUGAGAACCGCCAUGAUUUUAUUGAAUGUUGGAGCAAGCUUGUGGGGAUGAAUUCCUGGUCCAAGUUCUUAGACUGUCUAAACUUAUUUUUUAAAAAAAACUGACCAAAAAGGAGCACAACAGAUGUACUAACUAAACUCACCCAUAUACUUCAGCCAGUUUCUGUUCUUGUAGAUUACUUUGAAGGAUGUAGAAAGGAUCAACUGGUCUCUAUAGUACUGUUAACAUCUUUCAACCUAAUCAGUUUAUUUCUUGGUAUGUCUGUGGGAGAUUAUUUCUUGGAGCAUGAAGAUGUUCUAAUAAGAAACAGGAGUUUGUUUUCUUGUGUUGAAGUGAUUUUUGUUUUGAUUCGGCUUAGUGAUGGGACAGUCUUGUAUCUGAUUUGUUCAUGAUACCAAUUUCUUUUAAGUAGGAUUUUUGAGCUCCUUGUAUACAUGUGGUGUGUAUAAAAGUAAUUAUCCCAAUGAAAAACAAUGAUGACUAAUCCAGUAAUCGUGUUGCAACAAGCUUACAGAGCGGGAGAAAUUAUUUCAUGCUGAGUACCAUUGUUUCUUGCACAAUUGAGGGAGGAAGGGAUGUCAAUAAAGCAUGGCCCAGGAUGAUAAACAUUUUGUUCCUCCAUGAACUUGUAUUGAAUAAUAGAAAGAUAACUCAACGUAUUUGGAAAUAACUACUUUGGUCUUUGCUUUUUGAGCUCCUCAAAGAUCUAUUUUAGCCAUACCAAAGGAUUCAAUACAUAUAACAGGAUAGUCCUCCACAGCACCUCAUUUAAGUGACAUGGGUUUUCUUCCGGUGGCCUUUUGCUGGCAAUAUUGGCAGAUACUUGGGAAAAAUUUUUUCAUCUACCUCUGUCUUCUCCUCCUGUUCUUUCUCCAUUCUUUCCCUGCCCCAACCACUUCACCCACCCACCCGCAACACCCCAGCAACACACCCUCUGCUUGAAUCCCUAAGACUAAAAGCUCACUAAACAUGACAGCUCAGUGGACACUGAGGAUAUCCCUCCUUUCUAUGAUUCUCCCCAUUGACUGACAUCCUGAGAUAUAAGUAGGAGUAGACCAAACCACUUCAAGCCACCAUCAACAUUAAUUCCACCUUUCUACUUUUUUUUUGUGAUAUUCUUGAUCUCUUUAGAGUCUUAAUGAUCUGGGCCUUGAUUAUAACUCAUUGACUGAACACCCACAACCCUCUGGUGUAGAUAAUUCAAAAGCAGAAUAGUGUCCAGAAUUUGGUAAACUAGUUCUGUGAUUAAAAGUUAAAGAUUUUGAGAACAAUUAACACUGAGAAGGGAAAGCUUCUCCACAUGAAGUAUGUUUGCAGUGGUGUAUACAAGUUCAUGGGAUGUACGAGGCAGCUGAUUCUGUACAGUAUUUUUUGACAGAAAAAUCAACAAUGCUGACUGCAUCCAUUUCAAUAAUACACAUGAUUUAUUAUUGAGCGUUGAAAUUUUUUCUAAUGAAAGAUAGGCAAGAAUUGGGAGAAACUGGUUUUGGAAUUUAGUGUGCACUUCUCAAUGACCACCAGUAAUUUAUACCUGAAAAAUGUGGUCAUAAGGCAGCAGGUAUAAUAUAACUGGGAGGCGGAAUUGGUUUUGCUGUGGCUGUCGUCACUGGUUCUUUUCAAAUCUUAUUUGGAGGUCUGUUAAUUGCUGCAAGGUGUCAAAAAAAAUGGAGAAAUCCCAUUGCCUUAUCCUACAGCAUUUUGAUAAAAUGAAAUAACUAACGCUUGCUUUGUAAAACAUUGAUUACAGUUCCUUUUGGGGUCAUCAACACUAGCAUCACAGUAGUAAUGAAAUAAUAAAAACAAGAGCAGAAAUUACUGGAGAAACUCAGUAGCCUGGCAGCAUCUGUACGGAGAAAACAUAGUCCAGUCACCUCUGGAGAAAGCUCACUUGCCUUUAAACUGAAACUCUGCUUUCUCUCCACAAAUGCGGCCAGAUCGCCUGAGUUUCUCAGCAAUUUCUGUUUCAGAUCUUCAGUAUCCUCGCAGCCCUCUAUUUUGUCACCAAUAUAAAACAAUACUGGACUUAUAAGAAUAUUAUUGCACACUCAUGCCAUAUAUUUACUGCAGGUGUGUGUUGACUAAAGCAUUCAGGAUUCUUUAAACAUUUUCUUUCCAUAAAAGCCUGCUCAAUAUUCUGUUGUUUGUCUCCCAGCGUUGCCUUUGUGAAAGAAUAAAAUAGACACAAUUGAGGAAAAUCUGAAAAUAUACCAAAUCAUAUUCACAACAAAAUCUGUGCUAUUUAUUGAAAUAUUAUCAUUAACUUUUUGAAAUAAUGAAACCUUGUCCUUUAUGAUUUUAAAUUUUAAUUGAUGUAUAAUAAAUGAGAAAACUAGCUCACUACCUUUGGUGGUAGUCAAUUUAUGUGGGCUAAUUUCAUUUGUGGUGGAAGAUUUAUAAUUCAGUGCCACAUGUAAUAUGUGCAAGCAAUGCAUUCAUCAUGGCUUGAAAAGAAACCUAUUUAUACCAGAAUGAGUGCAAUAUCCUAUUAGUUAACUUUAGUACCUGCAGAAUUGUAACUGUGAAUUUGGUGAGCCAACCUUCUCUGAAAGUUUGGACUUUUAUAUGCCAGUGUGUGCUGUCAUUUGGAUGAAUAUGAAACAGCCAGUGAAGACAAUAGAAAUGUGUAGACAGGGAAGGACAUUGCCAUGGGUAGAUGAUCCUUGUGGCUUUCUGUAUACACUAUCAAUUUAAGAUAGUGAAAGUUUCUGUCUCUGUCUCUGCAGUAUGGUAUUACCUCUGUAAAUGCAAGGUCAUUGCUGUCAUCUUAGCUGGAUAUUUGGUUAGUGGAUAAUUUAAAAAUGGGUGAUGCAGUUCCUCACUAGUACUACUCCAUUAUUUUCAGCCUGAUUUCUCAAAGGACAAGGCAUUUGCUUGAAAAUCUAAAAGGCCAUUGGGUGAGAUCAAAAAAAGUCUUACUCCACUUCAGCUAUUUAAGUAAUACUUGAUAUGUUGAAAGAAGAGAAAACAUUAGUCUGAAUAUUAUUUGAUCAUUUCUGUUGCAUACAACCUUCUUCAUUGCUGUACUGUGAAGAGAAGUAGAUGGAAAAUUGUCAUUUAACCUGAAUAAAGGUCUCCUGAACAACUAUUCUUUUUUA